CGUAUAAUAUUUCAUGGGAUUUAGCGAGUAUAAGUGACAGAUUGUUUGGUAAACGUAUAGCAUGUUCUAUAUUUUAUAGUUAUUUGAAUGACUCUUACCAUAAUAUGUUACGUUAACAUACCAGGCACCUUUUUCAGUUGGUUAUUUAUGCGAACUUACACUUAUUCAGCCUGUUGUUCACUAUUCUUUAUAUAUUUUGAAUUGAGCAAAUUGGAUAUUUCUGGCAAUUUAUUUAAGUGUGUAUCAAACUGGUAGUCCUUCGCAUUAAUCAGUACCCAAGAAGUAGCUCUGGGUUUCAAAAAGAAAAAAGGUACACUGUGACAUCAGAGGACUCAACGGGAGGGGAACAAGCCCACAGGUGGUCUCUGGGACAUGUCAGGACUGGCAGAGCAGUCCAAGGCGGAGAAUUGUUCAUUGACACCUUGAAAGACAACAUGACGACAGUGGUGGAGGAUCCCGGCAAGUACUACACCUGGCGACGCUUUGGCCCUGAGGACCAGCGCACACGUGAAUUAUGGGUGGACAUGAGUGACCUGGGGCACGGCCAGGUUCGAGUCCACGGCAUUCUGUCAAACGCCUACCAACAGGCUACGAAAAUCGCCUUGUCGUUUGACUUCCCCUUUUAUGGACAUUACCUGAGGCAGAUUACCAUAGCAACGGGAGGGUUCAUCUUCACUGGCGAGCUCACCCACCGCAUGCUGACGUCAACUCAGUACAUCGCCCCCCUGAUGGCUCAUUUUGAUCCCAGCCACUCCAAAGAGUCCACCGUGCAGUACCUGGAUAACGGUGAGGUGUUUGUGGUCCAGUGGGACCGGGUCAGACUGUCGGGCCAAGAGUCAGUGGGGGCCUUCACUUUCCAGGCAGCGCUUUACAAAACAGGAACCAUCACGUUCAGUUACAAAGACAUACCAGUGCCUCCUAAAGAGAUAGGCCCUGCUAAACACCCGGUGAAGGCGGGUCUCUCUGAUGCCUUUGUGGUCAUAUCGUCCUCCCAGUCAUCAGUUGUCCAGAAGCAGAGGGUGUACGAGUACCAUCGCAUCGAUAUAGACGCCUCCAAUAUCACCAGUUUGUCAGCCGUCCAGUUCACUCCGCUGCCCACUUGCCUGCAACAUGACAACUGCGAGCGCUGCGUCUCGUCCAAUCAAACGUCCGGCUGCAGCUGGUGUAACGUUCUCCAAAGGUGUUCGGAUGGCAUGGAUCGACACAGGCAGGAAUGGUUGGACUUUAGCUGCCUGGAUGAGAGCAUAGGGACAACCUGCGAUGAGUACAAUGGCGAUAACACUUCUGUCACGCCAGAAACCCAGGAUGUGACCGCGACUACUCCGCAAAACGGCUGCAAACGUGUCGAUGAAAAGCUAGAGUCCACCACAGGCAGUAGUGAUGGCUGGGCUAACACAGGAGUCCUCGCAGGUGUUGCAUCCGCUCUGGUUUUACUCUUGGCUCUGAUGCUUGUGGCUCUUUACAUCCACUGCCACCCAACUGCCGCAUACUUCGUCCAGCGACACAGGAGCUACUGGCCCUCCUGGAAGUUUCAGAAGAAGCAGCCUGGCUACACUGAAGUAGAAGAAGACGGGCAGGAGAGGAGCAGCAUCGUCCAAGACGGACCUUAAAGGAGGCAAUUCUUUGAUAUUCCAAAAUCCUACUUUAAAAAGCAGCAAAUUGCAUAUUUUUAGUCACCUUUAUAAUUAAGCAACCAUUAAAAAACAAGGACAUUAAGUACACUUGCACUAAUAUAACUGAAAUCCAGAAAUCUAGUAAUGUUGUCAUGAUCCACUGCUCGGAUCCUGUCAUUUUCUGGUUUUGUUCUGUUUUGUUAUCACAUCCUGUUUAGUGUUUGUCUUCCUUAGUUCCUGGUGGCACUUCCUGUUUGUUUCCGUUGCCAUAGUCACGUAUUAGUGUCACCUGCUUUGUCUUUUACGCGCACACCUGCCUUGUGAUUACAUUCCUGUAUUUAAGCCUGCCUUCUUUGUUCAUUCUUUCUCGCAGUCUAGUUUGCUGAUCGAUGCAACAGGUGACGUCACUAUUCCCGCUCGUGGUAAAAUACUUUUUUGUAAUUGCUAGCUUCCACGCUAUUCCAUUGUUUUUCACUAGCUCACAUGCUAGCGCUUUUUGUUCCUUCAAGCUCCCAUGCUAGUUCUGUUUGUUUUGUCUUUAGUGCCUUGUGCAAGUGUUUUUGUUCCUAGUCUAUUUUGUUAGUGUUAAAUAAAUCAUCAUUCCUACCUUCA